AUUCCAGAUUCACAGCAUAUAUCCACUAGAAAUAUCAAAACAAAACAAAAAGAGUGCAGUGAACCAAGUAUGGGUGUCGUCGUCUUCUCCAGCCACUCGUUACGGUCCCCUUUCUCAACUUCACCUCUUUCUCUCUCCCCUCUUCGUCCUCCUCUUCCUCCAUCAAAACCACCUCAAAUCUCCUUCUCCACAUCAUCGCCUCAAAUGGAUCCACAAAUUGGAGGUUCGAGCAAGAGAUUCAUGGACUUCCCCUACGUCUCAGCCCCACACAGAGAUCUGAUGGUGGAACUUGUAUCAACAAUGGAGUCACGUCUCGAGUCCUACCUCCUUCCCUGUACCCUCCCACAGGAUGUCCAGUACUACCACAACCACACCGGGACUGCCCAUGCCUGUCUCCACAUCAGAUCUGGCCUCAAACCCUCCCUGAUUGAUUUCAUGUUGGGAAGUUGGCUACACUGUGAGUUACCAGCAGGAGCACUGAACAUAACGAGCCUCUCUGCUUAUCUAUCUCCUUUAACUGAUGCACCAAACUUCUUAAUGGAGCUUAUCCAGAGCAGCCCAACAUCCCUUGUCUUCAUACUCGAUCUGCCACCUCGAAAAGACCUUGUUCUCCAUCCAGACUAUCUUCAGACCUUCUAUGAAGCCACCCAAUUAAACAGACACCGACAACUACUCGAGAAAAUCCCUGAGGUACGACCUUACUCGUCCUCGUCACUUUACAUACGUUUUCUUGUCUCUCCUACUGCUAUUCUGGUCCGCAUAGAAACUGGCGGAACAGAGCGUAUGGAAGAGAUAGUUAGACAUCAUGUUAGUUCGAUUGCUAAGGAAGUGUUGGGCACAUGGUUGGAUUGGUGCGCUUGUGGAGAGAGAGAUAUGGGAGAGGCUGACAGGGAUUAUGUGGCGAAGAGGGAUAGAAUGAUUAAGAAAAAGACUAUUGAGAUUGAUUUGGGAUCGAGCUUGCCAAGGUUGUUUGGGGAAGAAGUAGCGGCCCGAGUUUUGGCAGCCAUACAGGAGGUUUUCAAUUGAUGAGAUUUGAGUAUUUGGUAUCUGUAUUUUUGAUGUAUGAAUGUGAUAAUUGUUAUUGUGUAGUGGGUGUUAAUGCCAACUGAUAUAUAUAUAUGUAAAUACUUGAACUUAAGGUGAAAGAUCACAUCCUUUUUUUUA